UUUACCGUCUCCCUCUUUUGGAAAUCGUUUGUUCCGAGAACCCUAGCAACCUAGCCGCACGCUGCUUCCAGCUAAUUCUGCAACACUUGCACCUAGUCAUACUGGACUCCAUAAUCAUAAUAGAUAUCAUAGAUUAGAAAAUGGGAAUUCCGUCUUUCUACAAAUGGUUGACGGAUAAGUAUCCGCGUAUGGCGGUGGACGUCAUCGAAGAACGUCCGAGGGUGGUGAACGGCGUUGCUCUUCCAGUCGACGUGUCUCUUCCCAAUCCAAAUGGCUUCGAAUUCGAUAACCUCUAUCUCGACAUGAAUGGCAUUAUCCACCCUUGCUUCCACCCUGAAGAUUUGCCGGCCCCCACGACCUAUGACGAGGUUUUCAAAUACAUUUUCAAGUACAUUGAUAGGAUCUUCUCCAUAGUUAGGCCUCGCAAGCUUUUAUACUUGGCAAUCGAUGGUGUUGCUCCGCGAGCUAAGAUGAAUCAACAACGAUCAAGGCGUUUCAUGGCUGCUAAAGAAGCAGCUGAGAAAGCCUUGAAAAUGGAAAAAUCUGAAGAAAAACCUGCCCUUUCAGAGCAACUAAAGAAGAUGGACUCAAAUGUAAUCACACCUGGAACUGAGUUCAUGGCUUUAUUGUCAUCGGCACUUAGGUAUUACAUACGGUUGAGGAUGAAUGGGGAUUCAGCCUGGCGGGGAAUAAAGGUCAUUCUCUCUGAUGCCAAUGUACCUGGUGAAGGGGAGCACAAGGUAUUGUCUUACAUCCGAUUGCAAAGAGAUUUGCCUGGAUACAAUCCAAAUACACGGCAUUGCUUGUAUGGAAUGGAUGCUGAUCUGAUCAUGCUUGCAUUGGCUGCACAUGAAGUCCAUUUCUCAAUUCUAAGAGAGUAUGUUUACAGAAGAAGAGAAAAGGUCAGUUCUUUGAGUAAAGGGAAAAAGGGUAAAUCCAAGAAAGGAAAUGCAAAUCAAACUUGGAAAAAAGGAAAUGCAAAUUUAGCAAAGAAGGGGAGGAUUGCUGAGAAUUUAGAUGAUUACAUCUUGGGGCUGAAUUUUGAGUUUCUAAACAUAUGGGUUUUGAGGGAGUAUUUAGAGUAUGAUAUGAGCAUCCCAGGCUUGACAUUUGAGACAGAGCUGGAGCGGCUGAUUGAUGAUUUUGUCUUAAUGUGCUUGUUUGUUGGAAAUGAUUUUCUGCCACACUUACCAACUCUGGCAAUAUCUGAGGGCGCUAUUGAUUUGCUCAUGAUGGUGUACAAGAAGGAAUUUGUGAAAAUGGGUGGUUACUUGACAGAUUCUUUUCAGAUAAAUUUGGCACGUGUGGAGCAUUUUAUACAAGCUGUGAGUUCAUAUGAAGGCGCAAUCUUUAGGAAAAGGAGCCAGAUAAUGAAAGAGAAGAAACAGCGCUUUUUAAAUAGGAAGCUCGCAAAAUUGCUGCAGAAUGAUCGUAAUUCACAUUCCACAAGUCAUGGAUCUUCACCUUCAGUGGAAGAAUCUGGAGGCAUGAAUUUUGAAGACUCAAUCCACCGUUUAUCCAAGGAAGCAGAUAUUUUAGCUGACAAGAUGAAACUGGGAGAAGAUGAUUGGAAAGAAAGAUAUUAUGCAAAAAAGUUUGAGGCCAAGACCAAAGAUGAGCAAGAGAGAGUUCGGAGGCAUGUGGUUUUAAAAUAUAUAGAAGGGAUUUGUUGGGUCAUGAGGUACUACUACCAUGAAGUGUGCUCUUGGCAGUGGUUCUACCCUUAUCAUUAUGCACCAUUUGCGUCAGAUUUUUACGGUCUUGAUCAGUUGGAAAUUCACUUCACACUUGGAGAACCUUUCAAGCCAUUUGACCAAUUAAUGGCUGUAUUGCCUGCUGCAAGCGCAUGUGCUCUUCCCUUAUCUUACAGGAAAUUCAUGACAGAUGCAUCGUCUCCUAUACUGGACUUUUAUCCUUCUGAUUUUAGGCUUGAUUUGAAUGGAAAACGUCGUAAAUGGCAGGCAGUUUGCAUAUUGCCAUUCAUUGAAGAGUCCCGUCUUCUUUCAGCAGUUGCUCAAGUGGAGCACGAAUUGACGGAUGAUGAAAGACAGAGAAACAGUUUGGAUUUGGAUAUCCUAUUUGUUCAUAUUUCACAUCCUCUGGCCGAUAUUAUAAUUCAAUUUUCUAAGCAGAAUUGUCAUCCUAAUGUGUUACAGAAAAUUGACCCAAAAAUCAGCGGUGGAAUGAAUGGAUUUAUUUGUAAUUCUGAUAAAUCUGUGUGGCCUGCGGAAGUAUAUUCACCAAUUGAAAGCAUGCAGAUGAUUGCAAAUAAUGAAGUCAUAUCUAUCUCAUACAAGUACCCAGUGUUUCAUUGUCAUAUCUCAAAACUACCAGAGGAAGUGAUCUUGCCUGGCAAGUCUGUGGGCGAACAGGAAAUUUCACCACCACAUAUUUGGCAUGAGACAGUUGUUUCCAAAGGGGUAUCUUCUAGAAGGCCAAUCCCAAAGUCCAUUUCAGGUCCCCAUCUGGCAAAUUUGGCUCAUCGACUUGUGUCUUCGUGUUAUCCCGCCAAACAAGAAGAUAUCUGUGGAUACAAGGGACCUGGUUUCCGUGUAGAUGCAUAUAGAUUGGGGGGAAUCCGAACAAAAGUUAAUGCCUGGAAAAAGAAAUGGAGCAAAGAUAAUAAGAACUUCAUUGAUGACAGAUUUAAAGAAAGAAGAAGUGAAGGUGAAGGUGUUCCACACAACACAGAGAAAUUGAAGCAGAGCAUUCUUAGUGAACGGAGAGAUGGUAACCAUGCAGGUGAUGAUGGAGUUAAGGAAAUAAGAAUAGAAAUUCAAUCUAAAAAAGCGAAAAGGAGAUUAAGGAAAAGAAAACGGAGUGAAGGUUUUGGUGUCCCAGAUAACAAUGUUGUGGAGUUGGAGCAUUCCAUUCAUAGGAAUCACUCAAAAUGUGAGACUCAGAAAAUGGAUAAAUGCACCAAUGUUGAGAAGCUAGGGAGUUGCAUUGUCGGGGAGAAGAGGCAAGGUUAUGAUGUUCAUGUAGGCACAGAAGGGGAAGUGGAAAUAAAGAAACAGGUGAAAUCCAAGAAAAGAAAACGAAGGUCUAGUAGAAGGAGACAGAUUGAAGCUGAUGAUAUCUAUGCUUUUAGGGAACAAAGAAGCCAUGCAAGUGACCAGCUUGGAAAGCAGAUAGAUGGCAAUGCUCAUAAGGUAGGAGCUAAUGGACUAGAAAUACAGCCUUCAAUUGAACUGGAAGCACAAGCACAAAUCAAAUCCAAGAAGAAGAAACGGAGAUCAAAAGCAAGAAACAUCCUAAACAACAGUCUGGAGCAAUUGGAGUCUUGUGUUCUGAGCAAGCAAGUUGGCUGUGAUGGUAAUGUUGUAGGUGCAAGUGGACUGGUGGCCCUCUCCAAUGGAAAGGAAAAGAAACAGAUUGAUGGCAGCCCAAAUAACAGUCUUGACAAAGUGGAUGUUGGUGUUUUAGAGGAACCAGGAGGUGGUUCUAGUGACCAUGUUGGUGUGGGUGCAGCUGCAGAAAUUAAUACAGCAGUCAAAUCCAGGAAGAGGAAACCGAGAUCCAAGAAAAGGAGAAAAACUGAAGAUCAUGCUCUCCCCAUGUUGGAGUCUAGUGUUCUGAGCAGCUGUGAUGGUAACAUUGUAGGUGCAAGUGGACUGGUGUCCCCCUCCGAGGGCUCGGAAAAGAAACAACUUGAUGGCCUCCCCAAUAAGAAGAGUCUUGAGAAAGUUGGGGUUGGUGUUUUCAGGGAACAGGAAGGUGGUUCUGGUGACCAUGUUGGUGUAAUUGCAGCAGCAGAAAUUAAUACAGAUAUCAAAACCAGGAAGAGGAAACCGAGAUCCAAGAAAAGGAGAAAAAUUGAAGAUCAUGCACUCCCCAUAUUGGAUUCUGGUGUUCUGGGCAAGCGGGUUGGCUGUGAUGGUAACAUUUUAGGUGCAAGUGGACUGGUGGCCCCCUCCAAUGGGUUGGAAAAAGAACAACUCGAUGGCAUCCCAACUAAGAGUCUUGAGCAAGUUCGGGCUGGUGUUUUCGGGGUACAGGGAGGUGGUUCCUGUGACCAUGGUGGUGUAGGUGUUGCAGCAGAAACUAAUACCAAUGUCAAAUCCAGGAAGAGGAAACCGAGAUCUAAGAGAAGGAGAAAAAUUGAAGAUAAUGCUCUGAGCAAGCCGGUUGGCUGUGAUGGUAACGUUGUAGGUGCAAGUGGACUGGUGGCCCUCUCCGAGAGGUUGGAAGAGAAACAACUAGAUAGCAUCCCGAAUAACAGUCCUGUGGAAGUGGAGGCUGUUGUUUUCAGGGAACGGGGAGGUGGUUCUGGAGACCAUGUUGGUGUAGGUUCAGCAGCAGAAAUUAAUAGAGAGGUCAAAUCCAGGAAGAGGAAGUCGAAAUCCAAGAGGAGGAAAAAAAUUGAAGAUCAUGCUCUCCCCAUGUUGGAUUCUGGUGUUCUGAGCAAGCAGGUAUGCUGUGAUGGUAACAUUGUGGGUGUAAGUGGACUGGUGGCCUCCAAGUGGCCGGAAAAGAAACAACUCGAUGGCAUCCCAAAUAACGGUCUUGAGGAAGUGGAAGCUGGUGUUUUCAGGGAACAGGGAGGUGGUUCUGGUGACCAUUUUGGCGUAGGUGCAACAGUGGAAAUUAAUACACAAAUCAAAUCCAAGAAAAGGAAACCGAGAUCCAAGAAAAGGAGAAGUGAGGAUCAUGCUCUCCCCAUAAUGGAAUCUGGUGUUCUUAGCAAGCAUGUUGGGUGUGAUGGUCAUAUUGUAGAUGCAAGCGGACCAGCUGGCCACCUUCAAUACGGAGAAAAAGAAACUUGAUGGUAUCCUGAAUGAUCUAGGAAGUGGAGGCUGGUGUUGUCAGGAAAGAGGGAGGUGGCUUUGUUGACCACGUUGGUGUAGGUGCAGCAGCAGAAAUUGGUAAAGAAGCCCAAUCCAGGAAGAGGAAAGAGAGAUCCAAGAAAAGGAGGAUUGAAGAUGGUGCCUCUCCCAAAUGGCAUCUAGAAAUUGGAUGGUCUCGUCUUUGUGAGCAGAGAAAGUGAUCCCAUCUAUUACAAUUUUGAGAAUUUGAUAGCUGGAUUGCUUGUUGAAUUAUAGACGUGGCUCUGCACUGUAGGGCAUUGUCAUUACAAAGAAAGUUUGGCAGCAGAAAUGAGGUCUGAUUUUUUUAAAAGCAGAUAAUCUGAGUGGAACCAAAUUUGUGUUGCACUUAAAUGAUGUGGGAAGCCAAAUCUGUAUUCUAAUAUUGCGAGUGUGCCUCCGGGUGCACCUCGAAAGCUUAUAGAUUCAUUUGUUGGAUUCUGGUUUUGCUCUUUAUUAGAAAGAAAACUGGAAAAGAAAACUUUUCAUUUGAAAAGUUUUAAACUCAGUGAACUGAAUGAUUUUCAAGCAAUUCGCAGUUGCAUCA